GGGUAUUUUUGAGAGCUCCAGCUACAGAAGAGAGUAAAAAAAAGGUGCUGAACUAUGUCCAUCGUUAAGAUUCACGCCCGAGAGAUCUUUGACUCUCGUGGAAACCCAACGGUGGAGGUUGAUCUUUACACCAACAAAGGCUUGUUUCGGGCGGCUGUACCGAGCGGUGCAUCCACUGGAAUCUAUGAAGCUCUGGAGCUCAGGGACAAUGACAAAUCCCGCUACCUUGGAAAAGGAGUCUCACAGGCUGUAGAGCACAUUAAUUCAUCGAUUGCACCUGCGCUCGUUGGUCAGGAUGUAUCUGUGGUUGAACAGGAGAGAAUCGAUCAGAUUAUGAUUGACAUGGAUGGCACAGAAAACAAAUCCAAAUUUGGGGCGAAUGCCAUUCUGGGUGUUUCCCUGGCUGUUUGUAAAGCCGGAGCUGCUGAGAAAGGAGUGCCCUUGUAUCGUCAUAUUGCUGACCUGGCUGGAAACCCAGAGGUCAUCUUACCUGUACCGGCCUUCAAUGUGAUCAACGGCGGCUCCCACGCAGGCAACAAGCUCGCCAUGCAAGAGUUUAUGAUCCUGCCCAUCGGUGCCAGUACAUUUAAAGAAGCCAUGCGCAUCGGAGCUGAGGUUUACCACAAUCUCAAAAAUGUCAUCAAGAAGAAGUAUGGGCAGGAUGCCACAAAUGUGGGCGAUGAAGGUGGAUUUGCUCCAAACAUACUAGAAAAUAAGGAGGCUUUGGAGUUACUGAAGGAAGCCAUUGCCAAAGCAGGUUACACAGAUGAGGUUGUGAUCGGCAUGGAUGUGGCUGCAUCCGAGUUCUACAGGGACGGAAAGUACGACCUGGACUUCAAGUCGCCUGACGACCCGAGUCGUUACAUCACCCCUGAUGAGCUGGCUGAUCUCUACAAGAGCUUUGUGAAGGAUUAUCCAGUGGUGUCCAUUGAGGAUCCAUUUGACCAGGACGACUGGGUGGCCUGGACCAACUUCACCAACAGCACAGACAUUCAGGUCGUCGGAGAUGAUUUGACGGUGACGAAUCCUAAUCGCAUCUGCAAGGCUGUGGAAGAGAAGGCCUGCAACUGUCUCCUGCUCAAAGUCAACCAGAUCGGCACAGUCACUGAGUCAAUGAACGCAUGUAAGAUUGCUCAGGAGAGUGGCUGGGGGGUGAUGGUUAGUCACCGCUCAGGAGAAACUGAAGACACCUUCAUAGCAGAUCUGGUGGUCGGAUUAUGCACCGGCCAGAUCAAGACUGGAGCUCCAUGCCGCUCUGAGCGGUUGGCUAAAUACAAUCAGAUCCUGAGAAUUGAAGAGGAGUUGGGAGACAAGGCUCAGUUUGCUGGGAAACACUUCAGAAGACCUGUGAUAGAGUGAUUUAUGAGACAUUUGCUCAAAUGUAUGUAAAAGUACCAUUGUAAUAAUAAUUAGUGAAGAAUUACUCAGAUACUGCAAGCGGGUCAUGAAUGUGUAUUAUUGAAUGCAUAACUGAAAGUGUUAGUCCAAAUUAAAUUUGACAAAACCAAAAUGUUUAUGCGUAAAUUGAAAUUGGAGUUUUAGUUAAAAAUUGGUUGAUUACAAAAUAUUAAUUUGUGUAUGUGUGUGUGUCAUUUGUUUACAAAUGAAUGUAAUGAAACAAGACUGUUUUCCAGGGCCAAGAACAUUUUUAUUAUUACAAAUUGCAAAUCAAAUCACUAUUUGGGUAAAAACAAUGCAGGUAUUUUGUCAUAUUUUU